CUUCAUCACUUGGAGCGUCGUUUUGUCCUGGACCAGUCUCCUUUGCUGCGGGUAACACAUCACAUCUCCACGCGCACUUGUUUCUGCAGAUCGUGGCAGCUUGAAGGUGUGCAUGUGUGUGUGUGUGUGUGCGUGCACUGAUCCUCUGCAGCAGCAUGUUGCCACCUGUGAAGAAGGACCGGGUCAUAACUCACCUCCCAAAGUGUUUCAGUCCAAAUGCAGCGCUACACACCAAAGAUGGCUUCCACCCGGAGGUGAAGGCCCUGUGUCAGGUUCAGAAGAAAGGCACCGAGAGCCUUAAUAUCGCCAAGGUCAUCGUGGUGGGUGACGUCGCAGUUGGGAAAACGUGUCUGAUCAGCAGGUUCUGUAAGGGUGCGUUUGACAAGAACUACAAGGCGACCAUAGGGGUGGACUUUGAGAUGGAGCGCUUCGAGGUGCUCGGCGUCCCCUUCAGUUUACAGCUGUGGGACACAGCAGGUCAGGAGAGGUUCAAGUGCAUCGCUUCCACCUACUAUAGAGGAGCACAAGCCAUUAUAGUGGUGUUUGACUUGAGCAGCACAAGCUCAUUAGCGCACGCCAGGCAGUGGCUGGAGGACGCAAUGAAGGAAAACGACCCGUCCAGCGUUUUGCUGUUCCUCGUCGGCACCAAGAAGGACCUGAGCUCUCCUGAUCAGCUGGCUCAGGUUGAACAAGAAGCCAUCAGACUCUCUGAGGAAAUCAAAGCCGAGUACUGGGCCGUGUCUUCCAAGUCAGGAGACGGAAUCAGGGAUUUCUUCUUCCGUGUCGCUUCUCUGACUUUUGAAGCCAACGUUUUGUCUGAGCUUGAGAAAAGCGGGUCGAGGCGCGUCGGAGACAUAAUCAGGAUCACAGACAGCACAGAAGCAGACCACAAACCCAAAAGGAAAUCCAACUGUUGCUGAGACCAGACACACGGCUGCCUGGAUAAUAUAACUCGAACACUAACACACACACAUGCAACAGGAAAACUCAGUGCGGCUUCAGCCAACAGUGAAGUUGUAUUUGUAGCAUUCAGCACAUGGCCUGAGAAGCAAUUUGCACCAAUCCCAAGUUGCAGGUUGGGCAUAAUGAAUUAGAGUCAGGAAUGUUUACUGCCAACCACGGCAGCAACAAGAUUAUUCUCCACCACAUCUUUUUUCCCUUCAUAAAUGUGCGUCCGAAGCAGCGUUUUUUUAUCCUGUUACUGACGGAAACAUCCAAACCCGACUGCAUUCUUCUUGUGGUUUUUCUCACCGGCCUCAUGUCAUGUGUCUCUGCGCUGCUAAUCGGAUGCGUACGCCGGCCCCAGUGACCGCGGUCAUACCCCUAAUGCAUCUCCAUCCUCUGACAUAAGGUUUCUCACGAGCUAGAAAAUGGAGGGAUUGUUUUCCCCCGCUGGGGGAAACAAGCAGAUAGUUUAUAUCUAUGACGAACCGAUUCCCUCAGCGAGCCAGACAGGAGGAAGACGUGUCCUCAUGGGACCACGCGGCGUCUCGUGUUAAAUGCAGCCGUUUUGGGAGCUACCCAAUUCAGUUUUUUUUUGUUUUUCAUUUCAUUUUGGAUGAAUAAAACUGAUCAAUUUUAUACAAUAAAAAUCUGCAGUAUAUACUCUUUA